AGCUAAAAGCCUCGAUCUCUGGAAAAUUUUCAUGAGGAUUUUGCAGUGCUGUUGUAAAAUAUAACUGCACUAUUACUAUUAUUUAAUAUUUAAAUGUAGCUUUCAUCUUAAUGGAUGAGGAUCUGUGAAAAGUGACUGCCUGGAACAACUUUUUCUUCUGAUCAUUUGAACAACUGAGGAAAAUGACUGAUUCCUUAGACAUGAAGGCUCCUAAUAUGACAAAUAUGACGUCAGGCUCUGGGGCACAGGACGUCAUUGUAUCCAAUGGACAUACUGAAAAUGAGCCAAAUCCUUUUGCUGAGUACAUGUGGAUGGAACAUGAAGAAGAAUACAACAGACAAGUAGAAGAGGAAUUAUGGGAGGAAGAAUUCUUGGAGCGUUGUUUUCAGGAGAUGCUGGAUGAAGAAGACCAGGAAUGGUUCAUUCCAGAACGGGAUUUGCCAGGCAUCAACCAGAUGCAACAGCAAAUGAAUGGACUAUCCAUAAAUGAAAGCAGCAAGACAGAGGACCUUGUGAGUAAAAGUACUCUGAAUCCGGACGCCAAGGAAUUUGUUCCUGGAGUGAAGUACUGAAAGUUUGAGAGUCUUGUAGGCUGCCCUCUACUGGAGGAAGCAAAAAAAUACAAUUUCUGAACACUGUGAAGCGAGUCACUUUUUAGGAUGGCCAAUUGGUUAUAGAUGCUAUUGGAUUACCUACCCUCUCCCUUUCCCUAUGCCGAAACUUGUUUAGAUUGAAUGCUCUUUUUUUAAGCUUCAUUGCAGAAAUAACUUGUUCCUUUCACAAUUUCUGGUAUGUGCAAGGGUUCGGCUAGUGUGCAGUAUUCCAUUUGCCAUGCAUCACAGUGGGUCUGCUACUUAAAACAACUGGUCUCGUGGUUUGGUGGUUGAAGAUGAUGAAUUGCCACAAAACUUCUUAAGUUUUAGGGACCUUUUGCAUGUCUUGAAAGAUGGGUUUAAAGUAACAGCCCCCCUUUUCUAAAUAAACAAGAAUUGGUGUAAGCAAAACAACAAAAGCACUUUGCCAAAAAAAAAAGAUUCUAUAAGAAUUGUAAAACUACAAUCUGCUGGAACCCAACAUGCACUGCUUUGGCUCUUUUACUGCCUAAUUAUAAAUGUCCUUUUCCAAAUUACAGGAGCCUUAUAAAGGUGGGCUGGGGGGUUGGUUACAAAUAAGUAUAACAGUAUUACCACUACCAUUUCAGGUAGGUAGUUUUAUUAUCUACAAGAUAAUCCUAACAUAACACUAGCAGUAAAGGGAAUGCUCUGGAGGCUAAAUGUGUUGCAAUGCAUAUUGUGAUACUUUGUAUAGAAACUUUGCAUCUCUUUUUGUUUUUUUUUUAAAGUCAGCCCAAUAGGCUUUAAAAGGGGAUGUUGUUUGUCUGGAGUGGGGGUUGUGAGGAAAUCCUUCAGUGAUGGAAAAAUGAAUUGGGUUGUAUAAUGAGUGGGAGUCAGGACAAAAGGUCACUCACGGUAAAAAGCGCACAGAUGCUCAUCCAAGAGCAUUUUUUAACCAGAAAGCACCUAAUAUGGUGAAUCAAUUAAUUUCAAUUUUUACCAAAAGGUCAUUGCUUGUGUUUGCCUUGAUGGUGAACAUUGCACCACUGUUCUAAUCUUUCUCAUUCUCUCUCAUGUGUUUUGCUCUCUCAUGCUUGUUCUCUUGUUUUCACUCUUUCUUUUUUCUCUUUUGCACUGUUCAUCUGUGGGAAGAUGUUAGUGCUCAUUUCAAGAGUUGGAUGUCUUUUCCUCUUUUGGUCUUAAUGCAAGUGAGUGCUAAAGAAAAAUAUACUGGAAAAUAGAUUUUUAUUUAAAAUAAACAAUAAGGUACUCAGCCACUUUUCAGCUUUUAUCAGUGAGACGUUAGGAAGUUUAAGGGUUGAAUGCGAUUUUUAAAAAGAUCAUGAAUUUCUUCAUUUUGUCAUGGAGAUGUGUUGGUUCUGGACUUGCAGUAUAAAGGUGGUUUGCAGGUACUCUGAUUGAAAUAGAGAUGCCAGUAUUUUUGUUACACAUUGUGUUUUAGUGGAAGGGAAUGUCAUGUAGCUUACAUUUAGAAACUUACUUUAUUUAUUAAAUACAUUCAAAUGCCUUGGCGUUCCUUCACAGGUGCAAAUUCAGUUAUGAUGCGGGGGGGGGGGUUGCAGUGCAGGUACAGUUUACAAUUUGAAAACCUUUGGUGUAGGUUUUCCUUUGUGAAAGUUCCAUGUUAAUCCAGUCCAAUAUCAUUCAUAGAACAUUAGACAGCCUCGGUGUUUCAGUAUUGACUUUCUCUGAAAUUUGGUUCAGGGGUAUUGCAGUCUUAUACGAAAUGGGCAGAGGUUCUUCAGUGGCUCUGACUUCAUUUCUGCUAACUCUUCCUUAGUUUCAAGUAUUAGAAUUACAGGUAUUUCUUUCAAAGCCUCGUGUUGGUUUAUAUUAUUCCUAAUAAUAUAAUUGUAGUUUUCCCAUUUUGAAACACUUUCACUGUGAUUUAAUGCACCAGUUUCUUGCCACAACUAUUACCAAGGGCUUUAUCAGUUUUUUUCCUGCAAUGUGCUGAGAGAAACUGAUAUCUAAGGUGCAAUUACUACAAGAAAUGCUUUGGCAAUCAAUAAUUGACUGCACGCCAGUCUUCUAUUUACUCUCCAGCACCACCCACUCAGCAAUGGUAGAAACUUCACAGCGCUUUAAUAAAUAAGGAUCUAUUUUUAAAGAUUUUGCUAUGCAGUAUAUCAGGUUGUAACUUAUUAAAUCCAUUUUAACUCAAUUCCCAUAUUAAAGAGCGCUUCAGUGAGAUCUUUAACAUCAAUGUCUUCUGUUCAUCAAAGCCCAUGCUGAAACGUUUUAUUUUUAUAAACUGGGUGGAUGGUAAUGGCAUCAUUUUGAUAACCAGUUAUUAGCCUUUUAAGAAGGAAAUAAUAUUUGUGUUCCUAUUUUGACAUGAUACAGUAAAUGUUUACCCCUUGCUGUCCUACCAGGCUAGUCUUGCUCUUUAAUGUUUAUAUUAGAUCAGUGCUUGGAAAAACUUUCAUCCCCCUCCAGUAUUCGGCACUUCCUGUGUUCAUCAUGUAGCUGCAACACAACUCAUAUAAGCAACACCCACCACUACUCCAGAUUUGUGUGAAAUUCUGUUCCUUAAACUUGUGGCCAGUUACCAGUUACCACUUAUUGCAGAAUAAUAGUCACAUUUAUGUUCACCAGAAAUUCAUUUGAGCACUUAAAACAUUUUUAGUACCUUUAUUCUGGAAAACACACUUCAAUCCUAACAAUCUGGACAAUGGCAGCCUCGUCAUUGGAGUAAAGGUUGCAUUUUGGUCUCAGUGGUGUCCCCAUGAAUGAUGGCAGGGACUGGAGGCCCUGAGUUUGAUAUUGGUGAUUGCCAAAUUAGUACAUCUCUACAGUAGAUGUGUUACUACCUCACUGUGCAUUCUUGGACAAAGGAAGAAAUGUCAUCAGUAUGCCAUCCAGUACCUUAUCUGGUCUUGAUGGAAGUGUUCAUAUGCGAAGCUUAAUUGGAUUCAGUAUUUAUGACUCUGCAGUUUAGUAGUCAGUUUUUAUUUGGUUAGCUAUCUUUUAUGAAAAUGGUCAUAUUUGAAUUGUGUAGCUGGUAAAAACAGACAACAUUCUAGAAUGAAUUGAUUAAAAUUUGAAUGAUAUAGCGGGGUGUUUAGGAGGGUACAUAAACUAUCUCUCAGAUGAAAUAUCUACCCUGUUAUUACCUUGAUUUUUUAAAGCUAACCUUGGUUUAAAUGUUGCUCUUUACUUUUUUUUCCAGAGCUGUUCAUUUCAGUUGUUAACUCUAUAUAUUUCGCUCAUCAAUUCUGGUUAUUUUAUUCAAUGUUGCUAUCUGUCGAAAAGAGAAUCUUGUUGCUCGAUUCUGCCCAGUUUGUAGAUAUGUUCGGUGUAUUCUCAAUCAUGAAUUUGCAGCGGUAAUAAUUCUGCCUAAUGCGUGAAUUUCAAUGGAUUAGAACAGUUACCGCUGCUUAACUCAGAUGCCAUCCAGAGGGAAAUGGAUGCGGAUAACAUUUCUAAUACUCCCAUGUGUUAAAUAGGCUUUUGGGUUUAAAACAAAAGUGCAGGAAUCAUCCUUUCUCUUACUAAACCCCAGCCCCUACCGUCUUUAAUUGGAAAACUGCUCAGUAAGAUUUAUCCCAAAUUUAGUUCUUACUGGUUAACUAAAAUGAGUACUGUUGGAUUGAGUGAAGUGGAGCACAUAGGAAUGUGGGUAUCACCUUUCAACAAAACAGGAUUCAAUUAUCUUGUCCAGAUCUCUUUAUAAAAUUCUCCAGCAGUCGUAUUAAAAUAUUGUUAAUGCCUGCACAGAUUAACUUUAUUCAGGUUAUUUUUGAAUAUAUUGAAUCUGUUGGCAGUUUAUUAAGAAAACUAGCAGGUGUUUCUCUUUUUCUGCUACAUCCUGUAAAUCUGCCAGCAUCUGUGGAGCAUUAAGAUGCUGCCCAAGAUUUACUUCUGUGUCUGGUAUUUCCUGCACAGUUUCAAAAUUGAUUGCACCACGCGACAAUUUGAUCUUUUUGAAAAUUGUGGAACUCUGCUAUAUUGUAUCCAUGAGUUUUAAUAUUGUUCCUUUUGUGUGAUUUGUGCGCAUCCUUUAAAAACAGAAACAAACAAGCUCUCAGAGAAAUUCCUGAUCUAUCCUGCACUUGGCCUUGAAUUUUAUUUUGAGAUUUGGAGAAAGUUUUAUCUUUCAAUCCAUGCAUUUAAAAUCUUAUGUCACAAGUUGCCUGAGUUUUUAACCAGUCUUGUAGCAACUUAAUGAGAAACAAUUUUAUAGAUGAUUUUCUGCUAUUCUGUGCAUACUUAUGUACAUUACCGCUGAUGUUUAGUUACUGCCUGUAUGCACAACAAAGAUAACCAUUUGUUUGGUGAGUUGGUGCAACAUAUGGCAGAGAGUUAACAUUGAGUCGCACAAGGAUUAUACAGAACCAGUUUUGUUUUACAUCCCUUCAGUAUUCAUUCCAUGCAUUCAAGAUAUGCAUGUAAUAAUUCAAGUCUUCUCAUUGAGAUACACCUUACAUAUAGGGUUAUACAAAGAAUAGUAGAACACAAGACUGCUGCACUAAUGUAGAUGGUGUAAAAGGACUGGGACACUUGGUACCAUUCACAUUUCAAGAAUUGCUUUAUUACUGGAGUAUUUGCAUUGGUGCCAGAAUCCUAGACACUUUUUACCUUUGCGUUAGCUUAAUAAUUAAAUUAAAUUAACCUUUAACAUUGCUAUUUACCUGGGUGAGUGGGUACUACUUUUACCCAUGUAGAGGGGGCUUUUUUUCCCAUUUGUUUCAAUGCUUGAGGACCACAUUUAGAAAACCUCCUUGCACAUGGAAAUGUAUUUCCAACAUCACAUCAGAAAGUAUACAUCAACAAAUGCUUUCUAGCACUUUGGAAAGUAGUGAGAUUGUGAAAGGUGUUAAAGAAGUGCAAGUUUUUCUCUCAUGAGAAUGAUUACAAGUCAAUCAUGGCCAAAAAUAGGGAGGGGGAAGUGAAGUAUCCUGUUAAGCAGUAUGUUAAGCUUAUGAAACCAAAAUAUUUAAGUUGUAAAAGAAAACCUCAGUUGAACAUAGGAACAUAAUGUGUCUGAUUUACUUGGCUCAUUGGCUGUUUUUUUUUGGAAAGGUCUAGCACCAGCACUAUGCAUAUAGGGGCAGGGCAAUAUUCUGAUUAGUUUGCUUAUAAUCCUCAUUUUGCUUGUGUUGAAGCUCAGAAUCCUCCAAUUUAGUGCCCAUUACAAAUCAGUUUUGAUAACAAUAAUUAAAAUGGUAUUUGAUGGAUUGAACCUUAAUUCUGUAAGCUAAGGUGCAAUUCAGAUCGUACUCCAUAUGGCUCUUGGGCAUCUAACAAUGCCACUCCAUAACCAAUCUUUAGGUGGUUAACUGUGGGACCUUCUAACUCAAUCUCCAUGCCCAUUUAACUGGGAGUUACCCAAGAUCUAUUUUAGCAAGAAAUAGCCUUGAGCCCUGUCCAUUUCUCCCCAGAUAGCCUUCAAAUUACUGCUGUGUAUUAUCGGCAGUGGACACUUGGCCCAUAACUUUCAGUUACACAGUAUCAUCGUUGCUGUUUUGCUGCUGCCCGGUAAAUAAUGGGUUGGGUCACUCCUGCGGUAAAGUCUGUUUAAACCACAGUUGCCAGUACAGUUCUGUAUUAAUACCAUUUCUGUAUUAAAAAAAAAUGAGUUCUCAGCAUUUUGUCGAGACGAGGGUAUUAUCCGAAUGUGUUUGCGGAUGUAUCGCCUUUGUUUAUUGUUAAUUAUCUGACACGAGUGUGGAAUAAACUUUGUAAUUUACAGUUUUGUUUGGUCUUU